AUGCAAGUCCAAGUUGGAACAACAAAUUUGAAUCAUUCAACUCCCACAAAGUCUUCAAAAAGAAAUCAAUUGAAAAAGUGGUUUCAUUCAUUUUAUGAUAAACCAUUAGAUGACACACCUAUAUCUCAAUUGCCAACUGAGUUCAUUGAUAUAUCGCUUGACAUCGAUAACAGUUCAAGAAACUUGGCAAGUGAUAAACAAUCUAAUGACAACUCAAUAUUGCCAGAUCAAUAUAAUAAAACUAGUAUAAGAAAACAUUUGAAAAAGAAUUUCCAUAAAUUUAAAUUAUCAAACAAUUAUUCUAACGCAGUCAAUGAUGUAAAUAAUAAUAGCACAGAUAUAGAAGAUUAUAUAAAAAAUAUGAAAGAACCCUCUACAUGUUUUGAUAAAUAUCACACAAACACAAAUGACUUAAAUGAAUUGUUUGAUCAUUCGAUGGGUAGAGUGUUUUCCGGCAAUAUUUUAAAUGAAUCAUCUGUGUUCCAAAACUAUUAUUCUAGACUCAAUGCAAAACAUUUCCAUUAUCAAUAUUUUAAUGACAGAAAAAAUGAGUACUCUGACAUAAAGGAGUAUAAGAAUUUAAGAUUUAUCUCAAUAGAUGAAACUAUGUUAAAUGCAACUUCAGGGAACCCACCAAUAAUAAUGAAAGAUAAUGAUUCUUCCCUUGAUAAUUCAGAUAAAUUAGAUAAUGGUAAAAUAAACAGUAAAUCCGAAAGCGAUGUCAAUAGUCAAAAUAAUGAAGAUGUAGAUAAUCCAAUUUAUGACUCAGAUAAAAGUACAAAAGAACUAGAACCCGAGACAGGAUUUAAUUCUAUUAUUAAAACACCCAAUAAAUAUCUUACAGGUACAAAUGACAUAGAGAACGCUAAGUCUGAUAACAAAAUUGAAGCUAAAGAAAAGUAUGUCGAUGAUAUUAAUUCAUAUAUGCUUGAUAGUAUACCAUCAUCUAAAGCCCAAACCCAUUCAGGUAUUCAAAAAAUUGGCAAGGACCUGUCAGAUUCCGAUGAAUUACCUAAGCCAGAUUAUUAUAUAUUUAACUCAACUGAAUCACCAGACUCAGGAGAUUCAAAAGAGGGAUAUAGUGAUACAGAAACCAUGCAAUUAAGAAUAUCAAAUGCAGCUAAGAGAUGUUCUUAUGAUGUAAGCAGUGACACAUUAACUAUACAUGUAGUUAAAAACGAGUUAAUCGAUGAGCCUGCUCAAAGAGACGCUAUAUCACUAAAGGAUAAAGAAUCCAACGAAGUUGAAAUAAUAGACUCUCAGUUCAGUGGGGUUAGUCCUUGGAACCCUGAGUUCAACGAUGAUUUAAAUUAUUUCCAGGAUAAAGUUAUUCAAGAUAUAGAGAAUAAAAGAAAUUUACAUGAAAAGAAAUUCAUCAUUUCUUAUUAUUAA